AUUAGGGUUGCACUUAAAGAUUGGGCUGAAGUCAGCAAAUUCAAGCAGGAACUUUUAGACGCCCAGCACUAUGAUGCAGCAUAUAUCUUCAGGAAACUUCUGAUGGACAAAGCAUUCUAUUUCACAGCAAUGCCCAAAUUUCUUUCAUUUAGGACUAAAAAGAACAUGCAUGCAAAUACUGAGAUGAAGAGGGAAUUCAGAGAUCCUACUGAUCGUGUUGCCAUGCUUUGCCAUGAAAAUUUCUUGGAGGAAACAAAAAAUAUUCAUGAGCACUAUAAAAAAAUGAAAUGUCUGAUCUCUAUGGAUCAAAGUCAGCCAGAUAAGGCUAUCAGUUUGAUUAAAGAUGAUUUCGCAGCCAAGUUCCAAGAUAUCAUUCUGGAUUAUCAACAGUGGCAGAAAAAGAAAAUGGAAUCCCCUUUAUCUACUGUAGAUGAUGAAAAAAGGAACAGAAAAGAAGGUUGUUCCCAAGAGUCUGAUGCAUCUGGCAGAGCUCAAACAUUAGCUGAAAUCAAAUCCAGAUCAUAUUCUGCAGUUGCUCAGGCUUCAAAGUCUAGGCGACAUCGCCAAGUUAGGCUGGAAUCUUCUGGACUGGGAUCAAAUUGUGGGAAAACCAGAUUGCCUAGGAAAAGAAGUGUCAGGAAAUGUUUACCAACAGCAAAGAAGUCAGAACAUCAGGAAAAGAGAGGAACUUUACUACCGACAGCACAGGAAAAUAUUGAGAGACUGAAUAUGCCUGUGAUUGGAGAUGAUGAUGAAGAAGAAGGAAAUGAUCACUCAAGUGAUGAAGAUUUCAUACCUACCAAGAGGAAAAAGGCUCAUUAAUGGUGCAUCUUAAGGGGAAAUGGUGAUAGAUGAAUCAUCUGUCUGAAUGAACCAUGUUUUCCAGCCAGGAAUGAGGCAAUCUGAGUGACCCUGAGUGACCAUGCUAUGUUGUGAACUUGACACUUGUUAAGAAGGCACAGAAGCAGAAAAGACAUUAUGUAAAUUCUGUUAAGCAUUACAUAUGAUUUACUUCAUAGAAGAUUAUAAUGGAUUCUUUAUUCAUAUUUAAAAUGGAUUUUGGUAAAAGUUAGUUUCAUUUUUAAAAAGUCUUUAGCCACGUUAAUUACAUGAAAGAAGAACCACUUGUACUGGACAGUAACAGAUUUGUAAAUGCAGUGCAUAUGUAUGUUGUAGCUUUUUAUGUAUGUAUAUUACUCCUGCUUCCAUUGGUUUAUUUGUAAUUGUAAGUUAUUGUUAGAAGAACCUAGAACAAAACAACAUUCUGAAGAAUUAGAAGAUUUAACAUUUUUGCACUGUUGAAGGUUAUGGAGUUCAGCUCUGCUUUUUUUUCUGCAAAACUUUGGGGAAUGUACUAUGAACUAGACUGAAAGAUCCUUAUGUGAUUCUAGAUUUUUCACAAAGGAGAAGAUAGAAAACCAGAUGGUUCCUAGCUUAAACUAAGGGUUGAAAUUUACAAGCAGGCUGAAAUGUGAUGUAUUAUAAGAAGUUGAAAGAAAUCAUAAUUUUGUCCUGCUUGUUUCAAUAUUGUUUUAAUAACAGCAGUCAAAGACAAUGCAAACUAAACUCAGAAAUCAAAAAUAAUAAAGAAUAAAAGUGCAAAGAAAAAGGAAGAAAUAAGAAAACUAUUUAAAGAAGCCAUUUCAGAUCUUCAGUAAUUCUUCACUCCCAUAAGGUUACAUGCAAGCAUCUCUUCUUCCCAUAACCCAUCCCUUAUGCAUGUGCAAAUCCAUAAAUCAUUAACAUUUCAUUCAAUCUUAAUGCCAGCAAAAAAAUCCAUAUAUUUUUUUUAACGUUGAAACAUUUGUUUUAAACCUUAAACAAAUUUUGUAGUCUUUCCUUUUGCUACUAAUCACCUUAGUCUUUAUUUCAUUGUAGGAUUGUUGGAAUAUUGGUUUAAUUAUUUUCAAAAUUUUAUAGCAAAAGUUCUCCUAUUCCAAAUUUGCCUGAUGACCAGACCCAAAGGUAGAGAUGGGAAAACCAAGCAACAACUUUGGGAGAAUAUGGGGAAAACUCAUCUCUUCCCCCCCCCCCCAACGUUUCCAUUUUUUUAGGCCGUCUCAUCUUUAUCCACAGGUGAAGAAUUCAAAUUGCUGUUUAUUGUUCUAUGCCUAUUUCAUAGCAAUCUUCCCAGUCUGGUAGUUUGCCCCUGGGAAAGACUACGUAAGGUUCAAUGGCAUUUAAGUGGGAUGGUGAUGGUGUCAGACUUUGCCUUCUUGUAUCUUGGUAACGAUUCCAGACUGAUCCUGUUUGAUACCCUCCUUCUGACCGGGACAGUCUCUCUCUGACACAUAGUCCUUUGAUUUGCUUAUAAAUGUCUUGUGUUAAUUUGACUUUUUGCUGUUUAUUUCAAAUAUUUAAAUUCUUAAGCUUAUAGCUGUCUCAGAAAUACAAGAAUUUCUGCUUUUACAGCCUAAGGCUGUAAAAGAAUAAAGAUAAAGAAUAAAGAUAAAGAAUUCCAUUUGUAAAGGCAUUUUUCUGGCAUCUUUUCUAAAAGAACAGUGUAUGGAUUGUAUUUUUCUCUGUAAAACUGCUAAUUCUGUUUAAGCAAAUGUAUUGUAACUGGGAAACAUAGCAUUUCAGCUCAAACGAAUGCCCUAAAUAAUUGAGCAAUAAAAUCUUUAGUAUAUUU